UGGUUUAUUUUAAUCCAUAUUUAGAAUUAUUUUAAUUUAUUUAAUCUAAAAAACGGUUUUAAAUCCUUAAAAAUUUCUUAAUUUGAAUAAAUAAAAUAAGUUAAUUAUAUUUUGUUACCUGUGAGAAUGAGGGUGAGUUGAAACACCCCUGACACGUCAUGUUUCCGCGGAAUGCGAAUGGCAAAAACCAAAAACCAUUCCCUGUCAAAAAUAGUGAAAACAAGACUAUUUCGAUUUUGUAUUAAUUGUAGAAGCAAAUACAAUUAAUUAGGAUAACACUUAAGCAUUUAGAGGCCGCGCCAGCACUAGUCGAAAAUUAGCCGAAAUCAUGGGUGGGGUGCUCAGCUACUUUCGCGGACUGCUCGGCUCCCGGGAGAUGCGCAUCUUGAUACUCGGACUCGAUGGCGCCGGCAAGACAACCAUCCUCUAUAGACUGCAGGUGGGCGAAGUGGUGACCACGAUACCCACCAUCGGCUUCAAUGUGGAGCAGGUCACAUACAAGAACCUCAAGUUCCAGGUCUGGGACUUGGGUGGCCAGACAAGUAUUAGACCGUACUGGCGUUGCUAUUAUAGCAACACAGAUGCCAUCAUCUAUGUGGUGGACUCGGCGGACAGGGAUCGGAUUGGCAUCUCCAAGGAUGAGCUGUUGUACAUGCUACGGGAGGAGGAGCUGGCCGGAGCGAUACUGGUUGUCUUGGCCAACAAGCAGGACAUGGAUGGCUGCAUGACAGUCGCCGAGGUCCAUCAUGCGUUGGGGCUGGAGAACCUUAAGAACCGCACAUUUCAGAUAUUCAAGACGUCGGCAACCAAAGGCGAGGGCCUCGACCAGGCCAUGGACUGGCUAUCCAACACUCUGCAGAGUCGCAAAUGAGUCAAGACCGUGCGGACAGGACCAGAUCAGCCCAUGCCCAUGCCCAAGCCUCAUCCCCUUCGCCCCCUGUGUAAAAAUGUGUGUCCAAAGCAUCGCCAGCUAGGAAUCGUCUACAGCUUUUUUCAAAUUGCAUAUUGCGCAAAAAUCCACGAAACGAAAAAAACUUUGUAAUAACUUCUAGUAAUAUAAUUAUUAAAUUAUAGGAUUAAACAAUUCAUUAAAUCCA